UAUUCAUUUUGGGGAUAUAGUUUUCCUUUAAGGGUAAUGACAAGUUAACAAAAGUAAACAUUAAUGUGUGAGUGUGCAACAUAUGUCAUUCUAUUUAUUCCCCAGUCAUAUUUUUGCUUGUUAGUAUCUGCUUUUUACCAUCAGCAAAUGUUAUAAAUAAACAAAACAUCUAUAGAAAACCUUGAUAAAAUCAGUAUCUUAGUUGCAAAAGUUUUUUUCUUUCCUUCACCUAUCAUCCAGUCAAAUGGCUCAGAAUUCUAUUUUUUUCUACUCUUUCAGUAGUAUAUAAGUGUCUCGCCAGAGAAUAAAAGUUAUCCACUUCAAUUAUGGCUUUCCUUUGGCUUGUAUCGUGCCUGGCUUUAGCCACCACAGUUUAUGGAUGUGGCCAACCUGAAAUCUCCCCAGUAGUGACAGGUUAUGCCAGGAUUGUUAAUGGUGAGGAAGCAGUUCCAGAUUCCUGGCCUUGGCAAGUCUCCCUGCAGGAUUCUACAGGAUGGCACUUUUGUGGUGGUUCCCUUAUUAACAAUGAGUGGGUUGUAACUGCUGCUCACUGCGGUGUUGGGACCAGAGAUAAAGUGGUUCUUGGAGAGCAUGACCGUGGCUCAAAUGUUGAAAACAUCCAGUCUCUUGCUGUUGCCAAGGUAUUUACUCACCCACAGUGGAAUUCCAACACAAUCAACAAUGAUAUUUCCCUAAUUAAACUGGCCACUCCAGCUGUCUUUAGCUCAACUGUGUCUCCAGUUUGUCUGGCUAAUAUUGGAGAAGAUUAUGUUGGUGGACGCAUUUGUGUCACUAGUGGAUGGGGAAAGACCAGAUACAAUGCAUUUACAACUCCAAACCAACUGCAGCAAACGGCUCUGCCUCUGCUGACAAAUGAUCAAUGCAAGAGCCACUGGGGAAAUAAUAUCACUGGCACAAUGAUCUGUGCUGGUGCUGCUGGCUCCUCCUCCUGCAUGGGUGAUUCUGGUGGACCACUUGUAUGCCAGGACAAUGAUUCAUGGUCACUUGUUGGCAUAAUUUCCUGGGGAAGCAGCAUGUGCUCAACAAGCACCCCAGCUGUAUAUGCCCGGGUCACAGUACUCCGUUCUUGGGUUGAUGAGAUUGUUGCCUCCAACUAAUACACAUUCCAAUAUGUGGAGAAAUUUAAUUGUGAUGUUAUCUGUCUAAUAUACUCGGAACUGGAAUAAAGUAU